GUUCCUCCUCCCGCCGUCAGCUGGUGUUGGCUGUGACGUCACAGGUGCCGGCCGCACGGUGGGGAGGCGCGGCGCGGCGCCCCCAAGAUGGCGGACCAGAUCCCUCUGCACCCGGUGCCGCGCAGCGCCCAGCGCAGAGCGGCCUAUUACAGCAGCGCCUCCGCGGCGCAGAGGCACAACAGAUAUCAAGUAGAAGAUGAGUCCUCUCAUUUGGAUGAAAUGCCACUAAUGAUGUCAGAAGAAGGCUUUGAAAACGAUGAGAGCGAUUACCACACCCUCCCAAGAGCCAGAAUCUCUCAGAGAAAGAGAGGCUUGGAAUGGUUUAUCUGUGGUGGCUGGAAGUUCCUUUGCACUAGUUGUUCUGAUUGGCUCAUAAACAUCUGCCGAAGAAAGAAAGAGCUGAAGGCUCGCACGGUGUGGCUUGGGUGCCCUGAAAAGUGUGAAGAAAAAUACCCUAAAAAUGCCAUUAAGAAUCAAAAAUACAACAUCUUUACCUUUAUACCUGGGGUUUUGUAUGAACAGUUCAAGUUUUUCCUGAAUCUCUAUUUUCUCGUCGUGUCCUGCUCACAGUUUGUACCAGCAUUGAAAAUAGGCUACCUGUAUACAUACUGGGCUCCUCUGGGAUUUGUUUUGACGGUCACAGUGGCACGGGAAGCUGUUGAUGAAUAUCGACGUUACAAGAGAGACAAGGAAAUGAACUCACAGUUAUAUAGCAAGCUGACAGUACGAGGUAAAGUGCAAGUUAAGAGUUCAGACAUACAAGUUGGAGACCUCAUCAUAGUGGAAAAGAAUCAGCGAAUCCCAUCUGACAUGGUUUUUCUCAGAACAUCAGAAAAAACUGGUUCGUGUUUCAUUCGAACUGACCAGCUUGAUGGAGAAACAGAUUGGAAACUGAAGGUUGCUGUCAGUUGCACACAGAGAUUGCCAGCUUUGGGGGAUCUCUUUUCAAUCAAUGCUUAUGUUUAUGCUCAGAAGCCACAGCUGGAUAUUCAUAGUUUUGAGGGUACCUUCACACGGGAAGACAGCGAUCCAGCAGUUCAUGAAAGCCUUAGUAUAGAAAAUACGUUAUGGGCAAGCACUGUUGUUGCUUCAGGAACUGUAAUUGGUGUUGUCAUCUACACAGGGAAGGAAACUCGAAGUGUAAUGAACACAUCCAAUCCAAAAAAUAAGGUUGGCUUGCUGGACUUGGAGUUGAAUCAACUGACCAAGGCACUGUUUUUGGCUUUAGUUGCAUUAUCAGUCGUUAUGGUAACCUUGCAAGGAUUUGUAGGCCCGUGGUAUCGCAACCUUUUCCGGUUCCUCCUCCUGUUUUCCUAUAUCAUCCCCAUCAGUUUACGUGUGAACUUGGACAUGGGUAAGGCAGCCUAUGGAUGGAUGAUUAUGAAAGAUGACAACAUUCCUGGAACAGUUGUUCGAACUAGCACCAUACCAGAAGAGCUGGGACGAUUGGUUUAUUUGCUAACGGAUAAAACAGGAACACUCACACAGAAUGAAAUGAUAUUUAAGCGCCUCCACCUUGGCACCGUGUCCUAUGGAACAGAUACAAUGGAUGAAAUUCAGAGUCAUAUUAUAAACUCCUACUCACAGGUUCACUCUCAGAACAGUGGAAACAGUACAAGUUCAACACCGUCCAGGAAACCUCAGUCUUCUGCACCCAAAGUCCGCAAGAGCGUCAGCAGCCGCAUACACGAAGCAGUGAAGGCCAUUGCUCUGUGCCACAACGUCACCCCCGUGUAUGAAUCUCGUGCCGGUGUGUCUGGGGAAACAGAAUAUGCAGAGGUGGAUCAGGACUUCAGUGAUGAAAAUCGAGCUUACCAGGCUUCCAGCCCUGAUGAGGUUGCUCUGGUGCAGUGGACAGAGAGUGUUGGUCUUACUCUAGUUAACAGGGAUUUGACCUCCAUGCAACUGAAGACCCCUGGUGGACACAUUCUGACAUACUAUAUUCUGCAGAUAUUCCCCUUCACUUCUGAGAGCAAGCGCAUGGGAAUCAUAGUUCGGGAUGAGUCUUCAGGAGAAAUUACAUUUUACAUGAAGGGCGCAGAUGUUGCAAUGUCCACUAUUGUACAGUACAAUGAUUGGUUAGAAGAAGAGUGUGGUAAUAUGGCUCGAGAAGGGCUGCGUACUCUGGUUGUUGCCAAGAAGUCACUGACUGAAGAACAGUAUCAAGAUUUUGAGAGUCGAUAUAACCAAGCAAAAUUAAGCAUACAUGAUAGAAACCUGAAAGUUGCUGCUGUUGUAGAGAGUUUGGAGCGGGAAAUGGAAUUGCUGUGUCUCACUGGAGUAGAAGAUCAACUGCAAGCAGAUGUUAGACCAACCCUAGAGAUGCUAAGAAAUGCUGGAAUAAAGAUAUGGAUGUUAACAGGCGAUAAACUGGAGACAGCAACUUGCAUUGCAAAAAGUUCUCACUUAGUGUCUAGGACUCAGGAUAUUCACAUUUUCAGACCUGUUACUACUCGAGGAGAGGCUCACUUAGAACUAAAUGCCUUUAGGAGGAAGCAUGACUGUGCCUUGGUGAUAUCCGGGGACUCGUUGGAGGUUUGUCUGAAAUAUUAUGAGCAUGAAUUUGUAGAGUUGGCUUGCCAGUGUCCCGCCGUAGUGUGCUGCCGAUGUUCUCCCACCCAAAAAGCCCAUAUUGUCAAACUGCUACAGCAUCACACUGGAAAACGCACAUGUGCAAUAGGUGAUGGAGGAAAUGAUGUCAGCAUGAUCCAAGCAGCUGACUGCGGGAUUGGAAUUGAAGGCAAGGAAGGAAAACAAGCCUCCCUAGCAGCUGACUUUUCUAUCACACAGUUUAAACACAUAGGUAGGCUGCUGAUGGUACACGGUCGAAACAGUUACAAAAGAUCAGCAGCACUUGGUCAAUUUGUCAUGCACCGAGGCCUUAUUAUUUCAACUAUGCAGGCUGUGUUUUCAUCAGUCUUCUAUUUUGCAUCGGUUCCCUUGUACCAAGGUUUCCUGAUGGUAGGGUAUGCAACCAUAUAUACUAUGUUUCCAGUCUUCUCUCUGGUGUUGGAUCAGGAUGUGAAGCCAGAAAUGGCACUGCUGUAUCCAGAACUUUAUAAGGAUCUCACAAAGGGAAGAUCUUUGUCAUUUAAGACCUUCCUCAUCUGGGUUUUAAUCAGUAUUUACCAAGGUGGUAUUCUGAUGUAUGGAGCCCUGCUGCUUUUUGAAUCUGAAUUUGUACAUGUUGUUGCCAUUUCCUUCACUGCCCUUAUCUUGACUGAGCUCUUGAUGGUUGCACUGACCAUACGAACAUGGCACUGGUUAAUGGUGGUGGCUGAAUUUCUCAGUCUUGGCUGCUAUGUGGCCUCUCUUGCAUUUCUAAAUGAAUACUUUGGUAUAGGCAGAGUGUCUUUUGGAGCUUUCUUAGAUGUUGCCUUUAUCACAACUGUGACCUUCCUGUGGAAAGUGUCAGCAAUCACUGUUGUAAGCUGUCUUCCACUUUACAUUCUCAAGUACUUGAAGCGCAAAUUUUCUCCUCCAAGUUACUCCAAGCUUACCUCGUAAGAGUACAUAUAUUCCUAGGGGCUUUUUUUUGCUCACACCAGUCUUCAAAUCAAACAUUCACCGUGCUUUAGUGUCUAUGGAUUUACAUUGGACUAAAGAAACUAAGAAAUAAAAGCGAUCAAGUGAAUAGAGCACAAACAGAGGAGGAAACAUCUGACAGGUACAUAACACAGAAGUACACUACCAAGACUAUCAGAAAUAACCUUUUUGUUUUGUUUUUUUUUUUAACCUGCUGAUUAUAAAAUAAAGCUGAAUUACUUUUGUUUUGACAGUGCUUCUGAAUUAUUUCCUUGCUACUGUAAAGGAUUUUUUCCUACUAUACUGAUCUUCUGCAAGUUGAAAUGAAAGAUUCGGUGAUUACAAAAUUUCCUGAUCUUCUUUUAGUGUUUCCAUGUGGACAAACUCAUUUGUCCAUACUUACUAUACCAAACGUAAUACCUGUAAAUGCCAUUGUCUGUAUUAGCAGCUAAAUAUUAUUCCUCAUCAAACAUGGAUAAAUAUGCACUAUUUGAAUUAUGUACAGAUGUCUGCGUAGCACAGUAUUAUUUUAGGAGCUGUUGCCCAUUUCUGUACUCUAUUUCUGGCACCAGUAAAUAUUACAGAUCUGUGAUGUUGACAGCAGUUCUUUCAAUGCACAUUAAAAACCAGAUUGCACAGAAGCUGUUGUGUAGAAAACUAAAUGACAAAUUCUGUACAUCAUUCCACUGUACCUGUUGACCUAUACAGAUAACAAAGACAUUGCUGCUCAGUAAAUAUGUUUUAAAAUUUUUAUUCAUUUUGUAUUUGUAAAACUGCAAAUAGUGUCAAAGUACAUUUCUAUAUAUGAAAAGUCCAGUAAACCUUGUAUUAGCUAAGAUAUUUAAAUUGCCUUGUAAUCUGUUUACUUGGGUUACUCAGGUAAAAAUGAAAGAUGAACACACAAACAUUGUGGUAGGAAAAUGUCAUCUUCCAAGCUGUAAAUGUUACGUUUUUAUAACUCAGUUUGAGUGCAAUCUUGUUUAAAAAAAAAAUCUUUCUUUCUUUUUUGCAUGCUAUCAGCUGUCAGUUGUAUAUCCUUGCUGAGUUACGACAUUUACAGCAGCUGAAGAUUUGUUAAAGGAUCUUACUCUGAUAAAACCUGAAGGGUCCAAAUGUUACGUGCUGUGCUGGAAAGUAGGAUGUAUUUUAGUUUCCUGUUGUGCUAUAAUUUUUCAUUCUCAAGAAGUACAUAUAACAAAUUUGGCAUAGUCUCAUAAUGAGUGGAGAGGAUUAGUAUAACUACCCGUGCUUUAUUUAUUAAAUAUCAGUGUUGGUUUUUUAAAACACUUAAUAUUUAUGUCAUUUUCAUGUCUGACUCUAUGCCUUUACAGCAUAAUUCCUUGCUUGAUACCUUUUCAUUUCUCCCUUGUACGAUUAUAAUAUUGGAUAAGUAACAUCUGAGUAAUAAAUCUACUUCCUGGGAGAGCAAAAGGGAUUGCAGCAGAGAUAUUUGGACUACACCCCAUUAAUUUUGUUUUGAAAGUUUUUCCUAGCAGUUCUUUACUUGCUUUUUAUUUUUUUUUUCUUUUUAAUUUAUUUU